AUGCCAAAAACAUUUUCAGGAAGUUCUUCUUUGGAUAAUGCACUUGCUGGAUUUGCAGCUGGAGCUACUUCCACAAUUUGUCUGCACCCAUUAGAUUUGGUAAAGACAAGAUUUCAAAUUGACGAUGCAGUAAAAGGAUCAAAUGGAAAACGUUUAGGUGCCACGUUCAACGCUUUAAAAACAAUUUUUGUAAAAAAUAAAUUUAUAGGUCUUUAUCGAGGCAUAUCACCAAGUUUUGUUGGUUCAACUCUAAGUUGGGGGAUAUAUUUUUAUUGGUAUGAUUUAAUUAAACGAAAAAAAGCGAAUGGAGAUAGAUUGACUAAACUUACUGCGAUACAACAUUUAACAUCAUCAGCUGAGGCAGGAUUGAUAACAGCUUUAAUUACAAAUCCACUUUGGGUUGUUAAAACUCGAAUGUGUGCAACGAACAAAUCAGAUCCUGGAGCAUACAAAGGAUUAUUUGGCAUUAUUCCAUCUUUAUUAGGUACAUCUCAUGGUGCCAUACAAUUCAUGAUAUAUGAAGAAAUGAAAAAAUGGAGACUUAAAAUUACACCAGAUAAAGAUAGAGAGAGAUUGGAUAAUUUUGAAUAUCUUUUAAUGUCAGGUUCAUCCAAAGCAUUUGCAAGCAUUACCACAUAUCCAUAUCAGGUUAUACGAGCAAGAUUACAAAAUCAGAAAAACGAAGCGAAAUAUUUAGGUAUAUUCGAUACCAUGAGAAAAAUCUUACGAAAAGAAGGAUUUUUAGGAUUUUACAAAGGACUAGCACCAAAUAUUUUAAAAGUUCUUCCUGGGACAUGUACAACAUUUUUAGUUUAUGAAAACGUGAAUUCAUUUUUCAAAGAACACGCAAGAUAUGAUUAA